UUUAGUCAAAGAAGUUAGGAUUCAGUCUAACUUGUGACUGAUACGAGGAAAAAAGUAAACAGCAAAAGCAUCGGAGAUGGAUGAAACGAGACAAUGACAGAGUCCAAGAAAUCCAAGGACGUGUACACGAUUCGGGACGUCACGCAUGACAGCAUCGUCACGGUUCACGGACGAGGACAAACCUAUCUCAUAGGUCUUGGGGUGGAUGGAAACCUCCGUGUUGUUCCUACCCAGGAGACAACUGCGCCUGGGGUGUGUGUGACCUUGCUACAACUCACCAUUGCCGACAAUGGAGGGAUGGUCCUCGCACCGAUCAACCUUGACCUCAUGUGUACAAUUAAUGGGGAGGACCUUGCAGGGGAAAUUAACCUAAUAAGUGGGGUUCCUAUAGAAGUGGCUGACCGGACGCUGAGGAUUUACCAGGGUGGCGUCCCUGGUCGUAAGCUUCCCCUCACCCCGGGGCUGGCAGUGAAGGCCUCACCCCCACCCAAACCCGGGCGAGACCAGGAACCAUCAACCAAGGAGACCCCUCCUCACGGAGAAAGGAGCCACCUCCCCCCUAUAGACCCAGAACUCCUCACCGACAUCAAGUCAACAGACAAGCUGGCAAAUCUAGCAGGAAGUUUUUUGACCAAACAAAUUAACCAGUACACUGACACCAAGCUAUCGGCAGCCAUUACUGAUCAGAUUUUCACCUUUCUUCAGGAGGUAGCCGGAUACCAGCGAGCCAUUAUUGUGGCAUACAUUCUCGAGAUAUCUCAGAGCCUGGAAGAGAUGCCUGAGUCAGAACGAGAUCGUCCCCUACACAAGCCUUCCGUCAGACUGCUGGUCGAGCUUCUCAGGCAGAUCAUGGACCCACUGUCUCAUGUUGUGCUAUGUCUGCAGCUGUUGCGGACUUUCAGCCAUUUUCCUGAUAACCUGGUCGUCAUGGUGAACUGUCAGGCCACGCCCGCUAUACUGGGGUGUAUGGCCGUGUACCCAGAGGUCACCGAGAUACAGCAGUACGGGCUGGACAUCCUGGCCAAGAUAGCCACCUACCGACCAAAGCCCGGGGAGAAGAUACCCCUGAGAGAGACGGCCCUGGAGAUGAUCCUUCGCUCCAUACAGCACCACAAGAAGAGCGUCCUGAUUGUCCCCCCGGGCUGCCGAACCCUGGUCAACCUCACCUCUAGUCUGCAGGAAAACCUGGACAACUUCCUGUCCACAGACUUGGGUUCAUUCCCAGAGGUGGAGGAGGCUAUUGAGAAGUACGACAAUCUGCUGCGCCACAUCUUCCAGCACGCUAUCCCUGUGGUACAGUCUGUUCUACAGGAAUACCCCAGUAACCUCGACGUCAAAACAGAGGGGAGGCGAUUCUUCUAUAACUACUCCAGAAUGACACAAUUCACAAAUAAGAAAAAGUUGCGGGUCGACUUUGGCUCGGCCAUCACCGAACCUGCCCACUCAUUCACCGAGACAUUGACCACGCCCACAAUGUUUGUAUCCAAUCAGAACCAAGAAGAGGUCACCCAAGGAAUUCUCAGGGAUCCAAAGCAGAAGAAGUACACCGACAUGCUGGACCGCAAGGUUCACUUCCCCGACGACGUGGGACCCCUGGACUCUCUGACCAGCUCAGAGGACGAGGACGACCCUGACCUUGUGACUCCGUUGGUAGAGCCCAAGUUGGUUGUCAAGGAAACAGUUGUGUUGAGUGAGGAUGCGGCGGAGGCACUGAGGAGGGGGGUGGAUGCGGAGGAGGAGAGGGACCCACAGUUCAGUGUGGGGGUACCACAAGAUGAAAUCGACCCUCCAGAUCCACUCACUGACCGGGGGGCGGGGGACAGGUUUACCUCAGAAAUGGUCAUUAAUCUGGGUCCACAAGGAGACAUAGAAGAUGUGACCGCCAAGUGUGGAGGGACAAGUAUCACCAUAGAAACCAACCCCUCCCCCACCAGCCCGGUGUCAAUAUUCUGUCCAACAUUGAGCUGCAAUGGUCACGUACGUAACUCUGACCCCAUUUGUCAGGAGGAGGGACACAAUACUCACAUGGUAAGGCAUAAUCCCAGAGACAUGCUGUAUGAAGACUGUGACAGUGUGAAAAAAGUGAAAAAUGUCAACUCGAACCAAGAACCGGUUCAGUUGAACCAUGGAAAUGACAAGAAUGAAGGUUGUGAAGACUGUGGGGGGUUGGGUCAGGGGUCAAAGGUAAAAGACACUCAGCCAAAAACAUCGCCGCAUUCAGCAAAACCACAUGUAUUAUCUUCUUUAUCAGAAGAUGAUGAAGAGGAGGAAGAUUACAUUCCAAUGAACUUUCCUCAGAUGGACCUCAAAGGCGGACCCUUGGGGGAGGAGGAGGUCCGCCUGAGGAAGGACCACCUGACCCCAGACACAGAGGAGCUGAGGUACUCAGUGUCCGAUGUCUCCCUGUGUACCAAGGUCAUCAGAGUACAGGUCAGUCAUUACAUCAGCUCUCUUGUGUUUGGAGGUGAAGAUGCUCAGGCCCUGUCUGUCAUAGACAAGCCACUGUACACACUCCUUGCCACCUCAGAGGCUCCAAAGGGACUCCUGAACUAUACCAAGUCACAGUUUGAAGACAGUAAAACUUUGAUGGACAUCGACACAGCGUUCCUGAUCAGUGUGAUUGAUGCCAUCAGAUAUAGGUCCCUGUUCCAUGACCUUGUCCAAAAGAGUGUCACUGAGGUCAUGAACUGUAUGUUUGGCCGGUACAGCAGGGACGUACUCAGGUUCACUGUCAUCUGUCUUAUGUCGCUGUUUGAGAACGAGCGACUCCGCUCUCUCCUCGCCGAGCGAACUUUCCUGACUGAAGUUAUGGAGAUAAUGACAAAGUUGUGCAGUGCUCUGCAGAAGGACAUUCCAACAAUCCAAGAACUUCAGAGACUGAUGUCAAACAUCACACCCAUAGAAUGACCCCACAGAUUGACCAAACAGAUUGACCCCAUAGAGUGACACCAUAGAAUGACCCCAUAGAAUGAACCCAUAGAAUGACCCUAUAGGGUAACGCCAUAGAAUGAUUCUAUAGGGUAACGCCAUAGAAUGAUUCGAUACAAUGACCUCAUAGAAUGAACUUGUAGAACAACCUCAAUCAUCCAGCUUUUGUCAUAUCAGAAACUUUCUGUAAUACAUUACACUGUGGAAAACUUAAAUUUGCUCAAGAAGAUGGAGAGAGAGAGAGAGAGAGAGAGAGAGAGAGAGAGAGAGAGAGAUAUACUAUUAAUCUAUUGGUGCUAUAUCAUUUACAGUGACUUGCUAAUGAAUGUAGAUUUUGAUUGGUUAUGCUGUUUGAUGGUUUAGAUUUAUUGUACUGUUGAUGAAUUUUAAGUAGACAUAUUGUUGAAAUUUGAUUGGCUCAACUGUUGAAAAUUUCUGAUUGGUUAUACUGUUGAUGAAUUCUGAUUAAAUAUACUGUUGAUGAAAUCUGAUUGGUUAUACUGUUGAUGAAAUCUGAUUAAUUAUACUGUUGAUCAAAUCUGAUUGGUUAUACUUAUGAUGAAUUUUAAUUGGUCAUACUGUUGAUGAAUUUUGAUUGGUUAUACUGUUGGUGAAUUCUGAUUGGUUAUACUGUUGAUGAAUUCUGAUUGGUUAUAUUGUUGAUGAAUUCUGAUUGGUUAUACUGUUGAUUCAAUCUGAUUGGUUAUACUGUUGAUAAAAUCUGAUUGGAUAUAACAUUGAUUUUAUGGUUAAUAUAUGUAUAAUUUGUAUUAUGUUAUCAAGUAAAUAGUUUAUUAUUUUUAUCCUGUUGAUUUUUAAUAUGAGAAAUAUUUUAAAGAUUUAAAAGUAUUGGGUUUUUUUUCACUGUUUUAUAUAUUCAUUUUUUUUUUACAAAUGUAUAACAAACAAGCUUAUUCAUACAAAGGUUUAGUGACCAUUACGCAACAGAACAACUUAUUUGUAAAUGUUCAGAUUAAAAGAUUGGUCCUCAUUUAUUUUAUGGAGAGAGUUCAAGUAGUGCAAUAAUUUAUCAUGAAGACUUAGAGGUUUGCUGAUAAAUGCUUUACAUCAGUGUUUGUUCAAUAAAUAUAUUGUGGCUAUACUAAUAAAUCGAUAGCAACUGAUUGUUUGUAUGUUUUUGUUUGUAUAUUUUAUGUAACCUCCUUUUUUUCAAAUAACGAUGAAUGAAAUUGCUAUUUUAUCUAGACAGUUUAACUGUGGAAAAGUUUCCAUACUAAUGGUAUUUGCCCAUUGUAGAAAGUCAACAAAACAAAUAACUGGCUUUUCAGAAAGCAAACUUGUUAAUAAACUCUGCACUGCAGUUGAA